AUGGAUCAAGAGCGGUUGAAGUCCCUCACCAGCAAGCGAGAAGUCAUCCUCGCGAAGGUGAAGUGGGAGCUGUCCGUCGCGAAAGCCAUCAAAACCCGCAACCCGUCCCUCGGCGAAGUGGCGGAACGGCGGGACAAGUUGACCGGCCUCGCUCAGUGUUUUGACGACGUACAGACUGAGAUCGAGGAGGCCACGCCGAACCUGGAGGAGGUGGUCACGGUGUUCAACCACCGAAUCCUGUUCGAGGACGCCUACUUCCAGAUCAAGGACAUCUACACGGAGUAUUUGGACCAGCAUGUGGAGGAGCCGGAAGUUAGGCCGGAAGACCGGCAGGACGAUCUGCGAGACGCCGUCAAGGCGCUCCUUGAAUCCCAGCAGCAGAUGCUGCUCGCGCAGUGCCAAAAACCACCACCACAAACGCUGGCGCUAGCGGCGGGGAGCCAGGUAUCGAACCCGGUACCCCAUAACGUCGUCAAGCUGCCACAAAUCGACAUUCCGAACCGUACCGACCUGCGGGAUUCGGUAAAGAUGCAGUACCUGUUCUCCUACCUGGACGGUGAAGCGAAGGGGAAAGUCGACUCGUUCUCGAUCAACGAUGGCAACUACCGUGAGGCGUGGGACGCACUCGUGACCUACUAUGACAAACACAAAUACACGGUGUUUGCCCUCGUCCGGGAGUUUGUCGACCAGCAACCAGUCACCAACGCCAAGGAAUUGAAGCACCUCGUGGCCACAUCUGAUGACGUCGUCCGCCAGUUGAAGGCCCUAGGACGGGAGUACGAGUCACGGGAUCCGUGGCUUAUCCACUUGCUGCUGGAGAAGGUGGAUCGAGAGACGCGCUCACUGUGGGCGCAGAAGAUCAUCACCGUGGAGAACCCGACUUUUGCAAACUUCCAAGAGUUCCUGGAGCAGCGGUGUGACGCGUUGGAGACGUGCUCGGCGUUCAGCAAGAAGACGGGCCCUGAAGUUUCGAAGAAGGAGUCUCAAAAGCCAACCCAAAGGAAAGUGCAAGCGUUCCACACGAGCGCUGCUGUGAGCUGCGCGAAAUGCAGUAAAGAUCACCCGACGUAUCACUGCGACCUGUUCAAGGCCAUGGACGUGGCCGGACGGCGGGAGUUAGUGCUCUCCAAAAAGCUGUGCUUCAACUGUCUGAAGCCGCUCCACACGGCGAACAAGUGUCCGUCGAAGUCAACGUGCCGUACGCCCGAUUGUAAGCAGCGACAUCACACGACGCUGUGCCAGCAGCGGCAGCAGCACAGUCAGGAACCGGAGAAGGCUGACCGCGACCAUCCUCCACGCCAACCUGAAGAGACGGAGGAGGCCUCGUCGGUCUCGGCCAACGCAGCUCAAGCCAAGGCAACCAAGUACGAACCGUCGUCGGUGGCACUGCUGCCCACGGUGAUCGCCAACCUGGAAGGGAAGGACGGGAAGUUGCACCAGGUGCGAUGUCUCGUCGACAGCGGAUCACAAGCGUCGCUGAUUACGGAGGCAUGUGUCAAGCGCAUUGGGCUGAAGCGCACGAACGCCUCCCUGGAAGUCACCGGAGUGAACGGAGAAGUCGUCGGCACCACGGCCGGUGCAGUCACGCUGGUGAUGUCUUCGCGUUUCGACGGAGAGACCAAGCUCACCACGCAAGCCUACGUGUUGGGAAGGCUGACGGCAACCCUGCCCAACCAGCGCUUCAACGUAGCAGACCUGCCCUUCCUGGAGGGGCUGGAGUUAGCGGAUCCGAGCUUCAACAGUCCAGGCGAGAUGGACGUUAUUCUCGGAGCAGAUGUCUUCCUGUCCAUCCUACAAGCCGGACAGGUCAAGAAUCGCCAAGGAAUCCCCGUGGCCCAGCGUUCCAUCUUUGGGUGGAUGGUAUCGGGGAAGAUCUCCCAGCCGUGUCGCACAAGCAGUCACCAUGCAGUUCUCAACGUCGCCCAGGAGUUUGACAUCGACCGCACCUUGCGGUUGUUCUGGGAGGACCAGGAGAUCCCUGAAGCAACCAAGCGCCUGCGGGCCAUGGAACGCAAGUUCCAACGGGAUCCCAACUUCAAGGAACGGUACGUUGCCUUCAUGCGCGAGUACCAGAAGCUGGGCCACAUGGAGGAAAUUCCCGAGACGGAGGUUCAAGCAGACUGCACCAAGUCCUACUAUCUCCCACACCACGGGGUCGUGAAGGAGGACAGCUCCACGACCAAACUCCGGGUCGUUUUCGACGGCUCUUGCGCCACCACGACCGGGGUCUCACUAAACGACCUACUCUUGAACGCACCCAACGUCAACGCAGAUCUCUUCGAUGUCUGGGUGCACCGCGACGACACGGACUAUCAGCGCAUCGUCUGGAGAGAGUCGCCCGACGAACCGAUCCGGCACUUUCGUCUGCUGACCGUAACGUACGGGCUGAAGAACUCCGGGUUCCUGGCGAUGUCAGCGCUCAAGAAAGCAGCAGAGGACUUCGAGCAGCAUUACCCUGGGGCUGCUGAGCGGAUCAAGGAACACACGUACGUGGACGACCUGGUCUCCGGUGCAGAUUCGGCGGCAGAAGCAGCGCGGUUGGUGGAGCAGAUCGACGAGAUUGCUGGUAAGGCCGGCUUCACUCUCCGCAAGUGGUGCUCCAACGUGGACGAAACGCUUCUACCACUCGCCGACGUGAAGAACGCAGCGGUGCCAAUCCAGUUCCCCGACGAACGCAACGCCAUCAAGGCGCUGGGGAUCCACUGGUUGCCGCAAGAGGAUGCGUUCACCUUCAAGGUCAACAUGAAAACGGAUGGACCAAACACGAAGCACCAGUUGCUGUCCGACUCGGCGAAGCUGUUCGACCCCAUCGGAUGGCUGGCGCCAGUGACAGUGCGAGCGAAGAUCCUGUUUCAACAGUGUUGGCUGUACGACAUGAAUUGGCACGACCCGCUGCCCGCCGCGGUCGAGCAAAUGUGGAUCGAGUUUAAGGAGAACCUGCCGCGCCUGGAGCAGGUCAAGAUACCAAGGUGGAUGUCGAGCUACAACGGACGCGUCGAGCUACACGGCUUCUCGGACGCCUCCGAGGAAGCCUACUCUGCCGUCGUCUACAUCCGAACGUUCAACGAGAUUGACGGUGCCUACGUCAACUUAGUCGCGGCCAAAACGAAGGUCGCACCAAUCCGGCAGGUUUCACUACCUCGGCUGGAGUUGAACGGAGCGUGGCUCCUAGCAAGGUUGAUGAAACGGGUGGCCAAGGCGUUCGAGCGGUUCAAGGUGGAGAUGUUUGCGUACACAGAUUCAACGAUCGUUCUGCACCAACUUGCUAUCCACCCGCGCAAACUUGACACGUACGUGGCCAACAGAACGGCAUCGAUCCUGGAGGUACUGCCACGGUCUCGCUGGUUCCACGUCAAGUCAGAAGAGAAUCCAGCCGACUGUGCCUCCCGUGGAAUCUCACCGGCGGAACUGGUCAAUCAUCCCUUGUGGUGGUUCGGCCCGCCGUGGCUGAAGGCACAUGCGUCAACCUGGAAGCAUGAGAUGCCUGACGAGGAAUUCGACGAAGCAACGCUGGAGACUACCAAAACCACGUACGAAGAGGAGAAGCAGAUUCUUGAGAAGCGUUCUUCACUGCUUGGAGCGUGCCGACAGCUGUCACGGGUCAACCGGUUCCUCUACAACCUGCGACCGGGAAACAAGGAGAAGCGUUCCGGUUCGAUCGCCCCGGCUGAGCUGCACAGCGCGCGAAUGCAGUUCGUAAGGCUGGCUCAGCACGACGUCUUCCAGAAGGAGAUCAAAACCCUCGCCGCGGGUCGCGAGGUUUCACCGAAGUCGAAGAUUGCCAACCUGUACCCGUUCCUGGACGGCGAUGGAACGCUCCGAAUUGGCGGUCGUUUGCAGCAGUCGUCCCUACCGUUCGAGGUCAAGCACCCGGUGAUUCUUCCUAAGGUUCAUCAAUUCACGAAGCUGCUGGUGGAGGAGCUCCACUCGCAGAACUGCCACGCCGGACCGUCGCUCUUGACUGCUACGGUCAACCAACGCUAUUGGAUUCAAGGCUGCCAAUCGGUAAUCAAGCAGGUGAUUCACAACUGUGUGAGGUGCCGUCGUCUGAAGGCCAAGACGGCGCAGCAGCUGAUGGGCAGCCUCCCUGCAGCUCGAGUCACGGCGUGCCGGCCAUUCACUCACGUGGGGGUGGACUACGCCGGGCCCAUACAAGUGCGCUGCAGCAACACCCGAGGAACACGCUGCCGUACACCUGAGGCGGUCAGCGACCUCACGUCGCAGGGAUUCAUUUCCGCACUCAAGAGGAUGAUCGCACGUCGCGGUUACUGUUGCGAAAUCUGGUCGGACAACGGCACAAAUCUGGUUGGUGCGGACCGACUGCUGCAGGAGAUCUACGAAGCGAUUAUGGCACACAGCAAGGAAGCCGAGCAAUUCCUCUGCAAUCUCGGCAUCAAGUGGAAGUUUAUUCCGCCGGCCAGCCCUCACCAGGGUGGCAUCUGGGAAGCAGCCGUCAAAAGUGCCAAGAGCCUGCUGCGUCCAGUCGUUGGGAACGAAAACUGA